AUGUGGCCAGCUAUCAUCGGGUGUAUAAUUUUAUUAAUGAUAAAGUUAACAAUAGAUCACCGACAGAGGCGACUGAAAAACUAUCCACCAGGACCAUGGGGACUACCGGUUUUGGGCAAUCUUCUCUCAAUCAACCGGCUUGUUAAAAAAACCCGUUUUCACUUCAACGCUUGGCGCAAAUUAGCCGACGUCUAUGGUCCAGUGCUGCGCAUUCGCCUCGGCAUAACGAAACCUCUGAUCGUCGUGUCAGGUCGCCAGGCUGUGCUGGACUUUUUAAACAGGCGCGAGUUCGACGGUAGGCCCAAUAGAUUCGAAUUGCGUAAUAAUGGCAAGAAAAUGGGCAUCGUUUUGAACGACGGUCAAGACUGGAUCGACCAAAAAAGGUUCUUGCUGAAAGCCUUGAAAGACUUUGGCUUCGGCAAACAGUCCAUGGAGGAUUUGGUUCUGCAAGACGUCGAGAUGCUCUGCGACAUUGUGCGCAAUCAAAUGCUCGAUAAAGCAAUGGACGUGCACGAUUUUUGCGAGAUAACCGCGAUCGCCGUUGUAAGCAGCCUGUGGAAUUUGAUUGCCGGUAGAAGGUGUGAUCCGACUAAAGAAGAGGAAGGUAUGCUGAAGAUUUUGCGCAUCCUCAAAGAAAGUUUUCGAAGCGGCAGUGCGGCUGGUUUUCUUUGGCAACACAUACCCAUUUUGCGUUUUAUUAUGCCCAAGUACUCCGGCUUCAGUGAGCAUCAGAAGAGAGUUACGGCGAUGCUCCAUUAUUUUCUGGAAGAAGUAUCCGAGCACAAAAAAAGCAGGAGUCCGGGAAACCCGAGAGAUUUGAUCGACAGAUACUUUGACGAAAUGGAUUCAAAGAAACACGAGGAAGAUUCGUCUUUCAGUGAAUUACAGCUAGUAGCCAUUGUGCAGGACCUCUUCUCCGCUGGAAUCGAAACAACGUCCAACUCAAUAGGAUUUGCUAUCGCCUACUUGGCCAAGUAUCGAGACGUUCAGGCUAGAAUUCAAGAAGAGCUAGACCGAGUGAUAGGCGAUGAAAUUCCCCGGUUAAUUUACAAAGAUUCGCUGCCGUAUCUGAACGCGACAAUCGCAGAAGUCUCACGCCUAUCCAACGUUGCACCCACGACCAUUCCCCACCGCGCCAUUGUCAACAGCUCGAUAUUGAGCUAUGACGUGAAGAAAAAUUGGUCAGUCAUUGGCGACUUGCGUAGCGUACACAUGGAUCCAAAUCACUGGUCCGAGGCCGAUGUAUUUCGACCCGAGCGCUUCAUCGAUCCCAGCGGCCAAUUUGUCAGUGAUCCCUGGCUCAUGUCUUUCGGUGCUGGUCGCAGAAAAUGUCUCGGCGAAAAUUUAGCACGGAUUAGCCUUUUACUUUUCUUGGCAAGAUUACUCCAGAAAUUUCAAUUUAGCCUAGCACCGAACGAGGGAGCUCCAUGCCUGCUUGGAGUGAAUGGCUUCACUAUAGCACCGCCACACAUUAGCAUUGUCGUAAAGUUGCGCCGAUGA